GUCUGACGCUCGUUGCGGUUACGACACAAAUUCAUUUCGCAGCUCGCAGUUUACUGUUUACCGGCAAGAAUUUCGAGAUUCCAGUUUGCCGGCACAAUGGAAACCUGGCUAAAGAUUUCCUUGCUCCUAUGCAUGUUUGGUUUCUUUCGCGAGAUGCGACCCUCGGAGUCGUAUGUGACCGAGUAUUUGGCCGGCGAUUGGCGGAAUAUAACAACGGAGCAGGUGUACCAGGAGGUAUAUCCCAUUGGCACAUAUGCCGUGUUAGCGCAACUGGUGAUCAUCUUUCUGGUGACGGAUUUGUUGCGUUACAAGCCAAUCAUAGUACUGUCAUCGAUAACGGGCAUUAUAUUGUUUGUGUUUCUGCUGUGGACACGAUCCUUGCUCAAUCUGCAGCUGGCCCAGAUGUUUUAUGGUACAUUCAUGGCCGCCGAGGUGGCCUACUACACCUACAUCUAUGCCAAGGUGGACAGGGAACGCUAUCAAGUGGUCACCGGACACACGCGUGCCGCAAUCCUCGCCGGCAAAUUUCUGGGUGGCGUGCUCGCCCAGCUGCUCGUCUCCAGCGAUGCCAUGGGAUUCCGUGAGCUGCAUUACAUCUCGCUGGCCACCCAACUCAUCUCCCUGCCCAUAGCCCUGAUGCUGCCGAGUGUGCCUAGAAGUUUCUACUUUUAUGCCGUGAAAUCACAAAAGGAUUCAACUGCAAUUACAACGACGGCGACGGAGGAGGAAGAGAAACCGAAAUUCUCAUUGAGAAAUGCCGGAAACUUGCUGUGGUAUCAUCUGGUCUCCUCGUAUACGAAUCCCGUGGUGCUGCUAUGGAGCAUCUGGUGGUCACUGGCGAUCUGUGGCCAGGGUCAAGUCAUUGCCUAUAUGCAGUUCCUGUGGAAACAUCAGGCGCCCAACAAUCGCAGCAACUACAAUGGCGGCGUCGAAGCGGUGGCAACCCUGCUCGGCGCCAUUGGCGCCAUAAUUGCGGGCUUUUUAAACAGCAAUGCACAUCGCAAUUUUUACAUGUUUAUCAAUGCAAUUUGUGGUUUUAUUCUCGGUGCACUUUUACUUUUGGCCACUUUUUGUAAUAAUGUAUGGAUUUCGUAUGUGAAUUAUGUGAUAUUCUGCAGUGUAUUUUAUUUUAUUGUUACCAUUGCGGCGGCCAUUGUGGCUGAGAAUUUGGUGGACGAUAGUUUCGGUUUAAUAUUUGGCAUUAACACUCUCAUCGCUCUCCUACUGCAGAGCAUUCUUACGUUGAUUUUUGUUACGGACACUGGUUUUGGAUUGCCACCUAAAGAUCAGUACAUUGUAUAUGGCAGUUACUUUCUCAUCAUGUCGGUCAUUUACCUGUUAAUCCUCUUGUUCCUAAGGAUUUGUUCGAAAAAAACUGCACAAACUGUAGCAUAAAUAAAUAGACUGCAUUUUUAGAUCAAUUCCAAGUUCAGUAAGAGUAUUUUGUAAACACAAUAUGGCGAACGUGUGCAACCGAACAUGGUGAAUUAAAUAACAGGACAAAGUAUUGUGAAAUUCUAAAAGGUAACAUAU